AUGCUGUCUCAACGGAUCUUGGCCCGGCGCCUGCCCCAGGUUGCCGCUCGAGCCAUUGCUCCUCGCGCAUCUUUCUCUCAGAUCCCAGCUCUCCGUGCUGCUGAGAUUGACGAUCCUCUACAGCCUAACACCCGGGGAGAGAACAACAACUACCCGAACCCUCCCGCUGUGAAGCGUGCACACAGAGACCCUCACGGUGGCUGGUGGGAUGCACAAGAAAAGCGCAACUUUGGCGAGCCUGUGCAUGAGGAUAACGAAAUCCUCGGUGUCUUCAGCCCCGAGCAAUAUACCCACGUCUCGCCCGGCAAGGGUUUCUUCCACCUCGGAUGCUUCGUUGCUGCUUUCCUUGGCCUGGUUGGCGUUGUCAGCCUCAACUACCCCGACAAGCCGAGCGCUCCUAAGACCUACGUCGAUGGUCUGGAGAAGGAGUUGGGAGGUCCCAAUGCUCUGCCGGCCCGCAAGUCCGGUGACAAGUGGUGA